AUGGCGCCCUCCUUCGAAGAGCCGGUCGCCGAGGCACUGGAAAAUCCUCUUAAACGAAAGCCAGAUCUUGUCGCUCCAGAGCCAGAACAUUGUCCCGGUCCCGAAUCCGAGCAAGCAGGCAAAGGCGACGCCUGCAAUGGCUGCCCCAACCAGGCAAUCUGCGCCUCUGCACCCAAAGGCCCCGACCCAGAUAUCCCUCUCAUUACCGAACGACUCGCCGGAGUCAGACAUAAGAUCUUGGUGCUGUCAGGAAAAGGAGGAGUGGGCAAGUCUACAUUCUCGUCACUCCUGUCGCAGGCCUUUGCAGCCAACCCAGACUCGACGGUGGGCAUUAUGGACACAGACAUCUGCGGCCCCUCCAUACCGAAAAUGAUGGGCGUGGAGAACGAAACCAUACACGUUAGCAAUGCCGGAUGGAGUCCUGUCUGGGUUACAGACAACCUUGGAGUUAUGAGCAUCCAGUUUAUGUUACCCAACAGAGACGACGCUAUCAUCUGGAGAGGCCCCAAAAAGAAUGGUAUAAUUAAACAAUUUUUAAAAGACGUCGAAUGGGGGGAGCUGGACUACUUGAUUGUCGAUACGCCACCGGGCACGUCAGACGAACAUCUGUCAGUUAACUCUUUUCUCAAAGAAUCCGGCGUGGAUGGGGCGGUGGUGGUGACGACGCCCCAAGAAGUGUCUCUCCUGGACGUGCGGAAAGAGAUUGAUUUCUGUCGAAAGGCAGGGAUUCGGGUCCUGGGGCUGGUUGAAAACAUGUCCGGGUUCGUCUGUCCCAAAUGCACCCACGAGUCUCAGAUCUUCCGAGCAACGACAGGAGGAGGUCAGAAAUUAUGUCAGGACAUGGGAAUACCUUUCCUGGGACCGGUGCCGCUCGACCCUCGGAUCGGCAUGGCAUGCGACUUUGGAGAAAGCUUCAUGGACAGCUUUCCCGACAGUCCGGCUUGCAAGGCUUUACGACAAGUGGUGAGAUCGGUCGGCCAACUAAUAGGCGAGGAUCCCGAUCAAGUUCUUCCCGAUGGACCGAUAUAA